GCUGUAACUCAGAUAUGCUUCUUUCACAGGCUGUGUAAGAUUUAAGACUUGAAAAAAUGGCGUUGGCAGCAAUUGAUCCGCAGCAGAACAUUGUAUCAAGGGUUGUCAACCUUCCCUUGGUGAGCUCCACCUAUGACAUGGUCUCCACAGCUUACAUCACCACAAAGGAUAACCAUCCUUACCUGAAGUCAGUAUGUGAGAUAGCAGAGAAAGGAGUGAAGACGAUUACUUCGGUAGCCAUGACAAGCGCUAUGCCUAUCAUCCAGAAACUGGAACCACAAAUUGUAGUUGCCAACAACUAUGCGUGUAUAGGUCUAGACAAAAUUGAAGAGAGACUGCCUAUACUGAAUCAACCCACUGACAAGGUUGUUGCCAAUGCCAAGGAUGUAGUUGUUGGAGCCAGAGAAGCCGUAACAACAACUGUGACUGGUGCCAAGGAAACUGUUGCUCACACGAUCACUGGAGUUGUGGGCAAGACUAAAGAAGCAGUGCAAGACAGUGUAGAAAUGACCAAGUCAGUCGUCAAUGGUGGCAUUAACACUGUCCUGGGAAGUCGUGUGGUGCAGAUGAUGAGCAGUGGAGUGGACAGUGCUCUCACUAAAUCGGAGACCCUUGUAGACCAGUAUCUCCCACUUACAGAAGCAGAACUAGAGAAAGAAGCUGCAAAAGUGGAAGGUUUCGAAGUUGGAAUUCAAAAGCCAAGCUACUAUGUUAGACUAGGAUCCCUGUCUUCAAAAGUCCGCACACGUGCCUACCAACAAGCCUUAAACAAAGUCAGAGAUGCUAAACAGAAAAGCCAGGAGACAAUCUCUCAGCUCCACCACACUGUUAGUCUGAUCGAGUAUGCCAGAAAGAACAUGAAUAGUGCCAAUCAGAAACUUCUUGAUGCUCAGGAAAAGCUUUAUCAAUCCUGGGUAGAAUGGAAGAAAAAUACAGGCCAAAAUGAUGGUGACGAACUGCAUAGCACUGAGCACAUUGAGUCAAGAACUCUAACUAUUGCACGGAGCCUCACUCAGCAGCUUCAGACCACCUGCCUCACACUGGUCUCAAGCCUACAGGGGCUGCCACAGAAUGUGCAGGAUCAGGUUUACAGUGUUGGCUCAAUGGCAGGUGAGGUCUACCAGAGAUUUUGGUCAGCAUCCUCCUUCCAAGAAUUGUCAGACAGCUUUCUUAUGACUAGCAAAGGACAACUGAAGAAAAUGAAGGAGUCUCUGGAUGACGUGAUGGAUUAUCUUGUUAACAACACACCACUCAACUGGCUGGUUCCAGAUUUCACUAUUACAGACCUGUCUUCAGAGUCAGAUGAUAUCCCAGACAUUUUGGGUUUGGAUGAAGAUGAUCAACAGGACUUUUCACGCACAAAUGGCCCUUACACUACAGGGCAAAGAGCUGAAUAAAGAGAAGCAUAAAAAUGUCUUUUUGACACAAUGUACUUUUGCCAUGUUUAACUUAUACUUUUCCUUUUUAAUGAUAAACCUGCCUAGCUUAGGGAUUUUGGGGAUAUAUAUAUAUUUUUUUUUAAUCACUACUACUUCACUUAGCUGCAUCAAGAUUCUGAUUUUCUUCCACCUAAGGAAUGCAUGCUGCAUUAAUCCAUUAGCAUGGGUGUCAAGCUCCCAUUCUACAAGCCAGGUAUAGCCUAACCAGUGUAUCCAGCUGAUCUAAUCUUCGUUGAGGAUUUGUUCUCCUGCUAGCAGCAGCCAUGAGAACACUCCAGUGCUUUGCAUAAAGGGCUGCCAACAAAAGGAGUUCAUGAGGAUUUUCCCACACAAUUUCCCCUUUCAGUCUACAUGAAAAGCACUUCUGCAUCUACCUCCUUGCUGCUGG